AUGGACAGUGCUUGGACGGUGCGGUGGUUACUGCAACAGACUUACAUUGGCGUCUCUGAAAGAUAUGAGCUACCUAUCUACGUCACCGAAAAUGGAUUCGCUAUCAAGGAUGAGCAUUCGAAGUCGAUUGAGGAAGCGUUGCAGGACAACGAUCGUAUGAACUACUUCAAGAGUAUCACCGCUUCUAUCAAGGCUGCUGUGCUUGAGCAUGGAGUCGACGUCAGAGCUUAUUUCCCGUGGAGAGGCCGACGUCACGAUCCUGGAAAGAAGAGAAAGACCACGAAACGGAGAACGGCAGACCCUGCCAACGCUGAGCCUAUCUAUGGCUCGUCCAUGCCUCCUCCAGCGACAGCCGCAUGGCCAAUGAGUGCUCCGUCAAGCGCAUAUCUCUAUCAGCCCGAAACGUUGGGCUACGAAUUUUCAGUCCUCACUGGCUUCUUGGAAACCCUAGACGAGGGGUCUUUCUUCACCACAUCUCCAGCAGUGACACCCUCCCUCAUGCCUACGCCCACAUUCUCUCAGCCUACUUCCUGGAUCUCAAAUGCUGCUUCUGCUGCUGAAGCGACAUCAAAUCCUCCAGCACAUCCCCCUGAGGCACCCGCUGAAGAGCCUGCACCCCUACUUCUACCGUCUGCUACCAAGGCAGAAAUUUUUUUGUUGACUGCUGCAGAUCAGGAGUCAGGCACUCGCGAUGAACGACUGAGCCGUGUUAUUCGGAGCAAACACGAGGCGGGGCUGCUCAAACCGGAUGAUUAUGUCAAGGGCUAUGCACGACUGUCAAGGUGGAUGGAUCGCAAUGUCUCUCGACCAUUGAAGCAGCAAAUUCUGCAACCGUUGUCGGUGCUGCGACCCAAAUUCCGAGCUGUUGCGCAAUCCUUACGCGAUAUCGACCUCGUAUUCAUAGAAGAGGCUUUCGAGCGAUUACUUCUUGAUUACGACCGUGUCUUCUCAGCCAUAGGCGUCCCAGCGUGUCUCUGGCGCCGAACGGGUGAGAUAUAUAAAGGAAACCGCGAGUUUUCAGAACUCGUGGGAUUUAUGUCUUCUAUGCAGGGCCGCCUCUGUAUCUACGAGCUUAUGGCAGAAGGGUCAGCAGUCAAUUAUUGGGAGAAAUACGGCCAUGUUGCAUUUGACUCUUCCCAAACAUACCUCGACCUUGACAUCCCCGUCAAUAUUUUUCAGCAUGCCCUAGACUUGCGUCCCACUGGUCAUCCGGACCGACCCAUCACCCAGCUCCAUCUUGCCAUGGCUCUGCUCCCUCGCUUCGUGAAACGGGGAUUUCAAAUGGAUGCUGACGAGGCUGAAGAGUUGCUGAACGAAGUCCUCGAUGCUGCCACGCCAACAGCCACAUUUACAGAUCAGUUUUGCUUGCAAUCGAAACAUCCACCCUGCAUCUGGCUGGACGCACUGCUGCAGCUGAUCUUGGGCAGGAGCGCCCUGUGGCAUCCAUACUUCCGUUGUCGUCAGAUCAACUCACCCAUCAAGCAGAGCGGUGUUUGCCAGAUUCACGAUAUCCCAAAGAUUGACAUAGAUAUCACGAAGCUGACGCCACUUUUGCAUGAAGUAAUAUCAAAACAGGUGCGCAACCAGCUUUCCUUCAUCUGCGGUAGCUCAUCAACCGCGUUCCUCUUAAGCUACAAUUAUCUUGGCGUCACACACUGGGAAAGCCCCAAGACGCGGUUCUGGUUUGAUACUUGGGAAUUCCGAGUUUGGUUACUUACGCCUCCAACUUCGGUUCCUACACCUCUUCCAGCGGUUGGCCCACCCGUGAACCCACACCUCCAGCUGCUACAGAUGCUCCUUCAAAAGCACUCACCUCCAGCACCUCCAUCGCAAGAUUCUCGUGCACCACCGACUCCCCCUGUACCAUCAACUCUUCCUGCACCUACUCUCCCUGCACAGACACCUGGCCCUGCAACAACUACAGGUUACUUUGACCUUUCAGUUCCUCGCGCAUCGUCUCCGCUGGAUGAGCAUGUAGAUGCAGUCAGCUCGCCACCACAUUCGGAUACGGUCCCUAUGACUCGCCAAGAUAUGGAUCACACCAAAAACCUCGUACUUGAUCUCCUAGGCUGGGGCGUAUCUCCCGAAUACCUGGUCAAGGCUGGUGUAUCGGCUGGUGUAUUAUACAGGGUGUUUACUGAUAUCAAUUUCCAUCUUCCAACAAACCUUGUUCUCCCUCCCACUCGGCCCUUGACGCCUUCUGGUAUACGAUAUGAAUUGCAUGAAUUUCAAUCGACUGACUUUGCCUUGGCUCGCUUAACCUUUGUGUGCGUCGUGGCUACUGUUUCCAGAUCGAAGGAUCUGCUAAUGUCGAUGGACGCGGAAAGUCUAUCUGGGACGACUUCUCCAAGCAACCUGGAAAGACAAUGGACGGCAUCUCCAGCAGUGACACCCUCCCUCAUGCCUACGCCCACAUUCUCUCAGGCUAUUCCCUAUAUCUCAAGUCCUGCCUCUGCUACUGAAGCGACAUCGAAUCCUCCAGCACAUCCUCCUAGUGCACCCACUGAAGAGCUUGUACACGUUUCAGGGACAAGGUGUGUUUCUAAUCUAUUGUUUCGUUGUUGGGGUGCUGAUCAGGUUGCGCUCAAGUUUGCCAUCCACCUCUGUGCUAACUCGACGCUUCUUCGGAUCGUGGACCGGUUCCACGACGAUAUUUUCUCAGACCUAAAUUCGCCGACCAGGUAUUGCCUUGCCUUAGAUCCUGGAAGUGUAUUCCGCUGUACUCUGCUACCCUUCUUGGUCAGUUAUUCACGUCUUGUCGUGUACUCUUUUGGAUUCCAACACGCCUUUAACGAGACAUGGAGGCGAGUGACAAUGUCUUCCUUGACACGGUCGGUACUUACCUUACCUGGCAAAAAGAUCAAAUCCCUUGACUACACCUUCCCCGACGACAGGUCAAUCCUCCUCCUACCAUCCGAACGUGUCGUGUCCUCUUCCAUACGCGCAUCAAAGCUCGGUCGCCGAAACGGCGUGGUAGCAAACUGCGUCUCCGAUUAG